UCAAGACUGUAAGUUUAGUGUAGUUCGUGUGCUGCUGGGCGGGGGUUAUAUAGAAUCGAGAGUAACUGCGCCAAAUCUUGUGGAUUCUAAACUCAUUCACCCACCAUGGAGGACGAAAAUGUUAAAGAAAGCGAAAGCGAAUACAUGUACUUCUCGUCUGCCUCGUUCUAUCUAAACUACACGGGGUCUUAUGAGUUCUCGAUACCAUGGCGAUGGAACCUGACUGUUGUACUCAUAAUGGCCGUGUUUGGAAUCGCAGUAAACAUGGCCCUACUUCUGGUGAUUGUACUAAACCAGCACAUGCGCACAAUAUCCAACCUGCUGGUUGCAAACUUGGCCGUGGCUGACCUCAUCAUGUUCUUUUUCUCAGUGCCCUUUGACAUUGUCCAAUGGAACGUCAGCACUUGGCCACGUGGUAUUGGAGGUAAAAUCCUCUGCAAAUUGGGCAGUGCAGUAUGGGGGCUCGCUCAGGUGUUAUGCGUUGCGUCACUAACGGCAGUCAGCGUGGAGCGUUAUUGCUCCUUGCGCUGGCCGCGGAUGCAGGUGAAACGUUCCUUCCUCAUACUUGGGGCGGUUUGGCUGAUAGCUAUCGUCUUCGCUAUACCCAUCUUGAGAUUCGCUAACGUGGAACACUUCGGGAAGUACAUCUCGUUCUGCUACGUUGUACCGCCGUGGGGUACGUUUGCACGGGCCGUCACCACGACGUAUUGCGCCCUAACGUACGUCCUACCGGUGAUUGUGAUCUCGUGCUGCUACGUCGGCAUGGCGUCGACGCUGAUGUCUCGCAAUGACGGCGCUGACACGGCGUCGGUGCGUGCACGGCGUCUACUCAGCGUGGUGGUGCUGAUUCUUGCCAUAUCUUUUGUCGUGUGUUGGUUUCCUAUUCAGUUUGUUAACCUUUAUGUUCUGUUCAUGGAUCCAUAUUCCAUGUCCUUUGAAUUCAUUAUCAGUUGCUGGGAGGUUGGUCAUGUAUUGGUGUACGUCAACUCCUGCCUGAAUCCUCUGGUUGUGUUCAUCAUCAGCGGGUUGCAUCGUAAACCGUUGGUUGGGUGUUUCACUAAAAAUCGUAAGAAACCGUCCACGUCCAAUCAGAAUGAUCCCUAUUCUCAGAUACAAGAAGAGGCAUCCUUAAGUGAAACGGAACAUGUGGAUUUGGAGCCUUUAGAAUGAGAAUGCAUAUGCCAAGAAGUUUCACACAUUCAAUACACUACCAGGUCAGACUUGAUCCGGCUUAGAAUUGACCUUGAUCAUAUUUGACCCGGAUCUGACCCGAAUCCGGGUCCCAUGGAGCCUGACCCAUGUCAAAUUGACCCAGAAAUGGA